GAUGUCCUAAAUUAUCCCUCACAUUGUCUCAAGUUUAUGAGUUUCCGACAGACGCAUUAGAAACGAGGGUUCCACAAACAAUAGCUCCGCUAAGAAACUUACUAGGAAGCGGGCUGCAAAAAAGGAUGCAUUUUUUGUCGGGUCUGCAAAUCUCAUUGUUCGGAGCGGGGGUUGCAGUAUAGGGUGCGGUAAUGAAACUUUUACCUGCUCAUAGACGACAUAGACUAGUCGCAUUGCGGGCCUAGAGCGGGAAACAUGUCGAUACCCAAGGCCGAUAAGUGGAUGAAAGUUGAGUGGAACAGUGGAGGGCAGAGUGUGGUGAACGCGAGGUAUUUGCUGAAGAGCCUGCCUAAUGGUGAGGAGCUCAAGAUUGGGACGGUGGUGACCAUCGGGAAACAGGAGAAUGGAACUCCGUUGACGGCAACUGUUGUGGCGAGUGCACGUGAUCGAGAGCUGCUGGAGAAGCCUCCAGCAGAGGAAACACAGGAGAACGCAGGCACGAGCGCCCAAAACGAGCAAGAGCAGGGCGAUUAUUCCCCGAGUGCGUCUGACUGGGAACCUACGGGCGAGUCCAGCUCGGAGGAAUCCGAAGAGGUGGAAGAAACCAAGAAAAUCAAAUUAGAGCGUCCGGCACGUCAAUAUUCCAACAAGAGCAGCAGAAAAGUUCUCACACCAACCCACAGGCCCAAAGCGAUCAUCCCCAACGGCAUGCAGCAGCUCGCCCUACAGAACUCCAUGAGGAAUCGCAGAUCAAACGACAUGAGAUAUUACGGCAACACAGAUACAAAUAAAAAAUACGCCCCUGAUUCUAAAGAAUCCGUGCCUGAACUCAUAACUAGCAUGAAAUCUAUGUUUCAAGAACUAUUUACGAUAUUAAGCAAGAUGAAACCUGACUUCAAUUUAAACGAUAUAACCGAUUUCCAACAGAGUGCCAUCGAAGUCGAAAUACCUGAAAUUACUCAUGAUAAUUCAGAAUAUAUAAAGAACGAGAUGAAUUAUACGAAUGACACACAAGGGGAUGGGAGGAUGAUGGACAGCGAAUAUUCGGAUAGAUCGGAUGAUAACGUGUUAAUCACUAAUAGAUAUGAAACUGUUGAUAAAAAGAACGCGAAACCUGCGAAGAACGAAUGGGUGCCAAUUGGAAGUGGAACAACGUUGAUACACAGAGAUAAAUACAGAAAAGUCAAUUGGAAGUCUUAUACUGUCGCGACACGGACAUUAUUGUUGGCAGCAUUCUCGCGAAGGACACUGGCAACACAUUCCCUGACGGGGAAGAAAUCACCGGCGUUCACGAACAAACCGGCAAAAAUGUGCCUCGACCCGAAAAUAGUUUCCGACAUCGUGAUAGAAAUUACAGAUAAAUUUAAAGUGAAGGAUAAUUUAGUCAGGAGCAUUAUAACAACGAAAUGCGCGGACGAGUGUAAGAUGUAUAAAAUGCAAAAGAACAAACACAAUGCAUCUGAUAAAAAGAAAAGUAAGAAUCAGGAAAAUAUACCACCGGCAGCCAAUAAUACUGCUAGUUAGGUUUAUUUAAUAUUGAUAAUUUUAUUUUUGAACUUGAAGGGGCAAUCUGCAUCGAAAACCUACUUCAAUACUUGUUUGGGAUUAUUUCCAAUAGUUACCACCAAGCUGUUACCAAAUAAAAUAAUAUAAAAUAUCACCUGUUCCCAGUAGUAAAAACUGAGAAAAAAAUCUAGGCAUUUUUAUUAUUUUUGAACACUGACAAAAUUUUGGUAGUAACUAAAAAAAAAUUAUAAAUAUAAAUAAAAAAAUAUCAAAAGUCAGUUGUUACCACUGGUACCAAUCUGGUGGUAACUAGUGGGUAUAAUCCCUCGUUUGGGGACAGUUAAAGAUGCAAAGUGUGUAAGCUCAGACGGCGUUAACUAAUCUGACUUAAAAAUUAAAGUUUUUUUAAAAGACGCCCUUGGCAGCAUGAUGUAAUAGGUAACGCGAAGAUUUAACCAAAGCAGUUUAAUAACAUAAUCAUUAGAUGGAAUUGUAUAUGUGGACAAUGUUACCCCGUGGGGUUAAAGUAGUAUUCGGAAGUACAUUGGGCGCCCAUGAGUAAAGAUUGUGUGUUUGCAACCUUACAUAGGUAAAACUUGGCAAGUGUCUUUUUGUCUAAUGAAAUGUACACGGGGCUACUGCGGAAGUCGAUAAUGGAAUCUUAUCUUAGUAUUCGUAAUUCGAAAAUCGGUGUCUCUUUUUUGUCACUUAUAUUAUAACGCCCUCCCUCCAAAGUUUUGUUCAUUGUUUGUUUGUUUUUGACAAAAUGUAACGAAGUUAUUUAAAGUAGGUAUGAGAAUGAGAUGAAGUUGUAUUUUUUUAACCGACUUCAAAAAGGAGGAGGUUAUCAAUUCGAACGUAUUUUUAUUUUUUACCCGCCUUACAAAUUUCAAAAGGUAAACAAUUCGUUUUUUUUUUUGUAUGUAUGUUACCCCAGAAUUCCGUCAUUUUUGAACCGAUUUGGAAAAUUAUUUUUUUGUUUGAAUGUAGUGUCCCUAGUUGGUCCCGUUUUUGUUAAACCCAGUUCUGACGAUGGGAUCCAUAACUAAGGAAUCCAGAGAUCUCUUCAAAUCUUAUAGGCAUACAUAUAACGAUUUUAGUAUUUUCGUCAACAAACCAAGCAUUUUCAUCCAAAACAGUGUCAUUUGAUGAAGUGACUAGAACGGGACUCUUUAACAACGCAUAUUUCACUUUUGGCGGGUUGUCCUCUUCAAUAUGUUUGUUAUUAAGCAAGUAAGUUCUGAAGGAACAUUUUGAGUUAAGGUCUAGUUCUGACGAUGGGUUCCAUGAGGUAGAACUCCUCAAAUCUUAAAGGCUAGAUUCAGAUCUUGAAACUUGAAACGUACCCAAAGCGCAAAAAAUGUUUAAUGAUAUGACAGUUUGACCAGACAGGAACGAGUCUUGCAGAAUGAUGCAUCAGCAUCACUCUGAAACAAGAAAAACUUAAAAUGGAAAAAUAAUAUUAAUCUUAAAAAAAAGUAACUUAAAUAGUAAGUAAAUAAAUAGUAAAUAAAUACAAAAAAUAAUCUUAGAAAAAAGUUAAACCGACUUCAAAAAGGAUAAAAAUAUCAUCCCGUUUUAUAAGCGCCUGCAACUGAUACGUUUGAAUUCGGUGCAAAGCCAAAUUAAAUACUGGUUCUUUUUUUUCUCAUCGAACUACACGUCCAGGGUUGGCAUUCUAGCUGACGGCGUGUAGACGCUUUUAAGUUUUGGUUUGGCAUCGACUUCAAACGUAUCAGUUGCUAGCGCAUAAUUAUAAAACGGGAUGAUAUUUUAUUUUAUCCUUUUUGAAGUCGGUUUAACUUUUUUCUAAGAUUAUUUUUUGUAUUUAUAGCUAAAAAGAAAAAGACACAAUGUCAGAAACAAGACAAUGUAAAGAAUUUAGAGCCACGAGGGACAGAGAUAUUGAACGUAAAACAAAUUCCAGUUUUCGAAGUCCGCAGUAGACUCAGGGCUUAUAUUAUAGAAACUACGUCAAAAUAUAUAACAUGAACUUGUGUUUUAUCAAUGUAAACUGCCAAAUGUCCCAUAUAGCCGCCUUAGCAGUACCACAAUCAUGUACAGUCAGCUGCAGAGAAAAAGUACCCCCACUGCAUAGAAGUUUAUAUGCAAAAGUGCUAAGCUAAUAGUAUUGCUGACUGUACACAGCCAAUACGAAGACGUUACUUCCUCAACGAAAAACAGUUGUUCAGUUUUUGUGACAUGUAACGUAUUUAUAUGAAUUAGCAUUUUAACUUUUUGCUAUAAGACGAUUCACACACUGACAUCUCGAUUUACCACAGUCAGCGAAACGUCAAUAGAGGCUCGCGCCGACGCUUAACACUUUUGCACCAGGCGAUUGGCAAGUCGCAGUGUCAAUGUGUUAAUCCUUAUAAAUCCUGUGUUUAAUUUUUAGUAGCAAGUUGAUCGAACAAUGAAUUAUGUUAUUGCGUAUUUUAAAAUGACAUUUUAUAAUGCCGUGAUUUGAUAAAUAUGUAUAAUUGAUGUUAAAAAAAAAACUACAUUGUAUUUCAACUGUUUAUUUUACGAAUAUACCACGUGCGGGUAUAUCUUACUUUACAGUACAUAUGGUGCUACUUUACCGCACAAGUGCGAUAAUUAGCACAUUACGUCACUAUGUCGAAAAUUUUAAGGGCGGUAUGUACUGUAAAACGUACGAUACAUGUGCGAAUA